CUGCAAAACACAAACACGCGCUCACAUCGAGGUGGGUUACGUCCGCGUUAAUGCGCUGUUAGCGUAAUCAUCACGUCAGUCUCGCGGAACUGUUUUGCGUGGAUUAUUUGACAAACAGGAUAAUGUUUUGAAAGAUAAAUGAAUGAAUGAAAAUGGAGGAUGACGCUCCGGUUAUUUAUGGCCUUGAGUUUCAGGCUCGUGCUCUCGCAGCCCAGACAGCUGAGACAGAUGCCAUCAGGUUUCUGGUGGGCACACAGUCACUGAAAUUUGAAAACCAGAUACACAUCAUUGACUUUGAUGAUGAGAAUAACAUGAUUAAUAAGAAUGUGCUCCUGCACGAUGCUGGUGAGAUAUGGCACAUCAGCGCCAGCCCUGCAGAUAAGGGAGUGCUGACCACAUGCUACAAUAAGACGUCUGAGAGCCGGGUUCUUACAUGUGCAGCGGUGUGGAGGAUGCCCCUGGAAUGGGAAUCAGGCAGCCACGAGUCCCCCGAUGAUUCAUCAAACAACCCGCAGACCUUGGAGCUUCUCUGUCACCUUGACAACACGGCCCAUGGCAGCGUGGCCUGUGCAUUAUGGGAGCCCAUGGGUGAUGGCAAGCGUGUGAUCUCUCUGGCUGAAAACCACGUGCUGCUAUGGGACCUUCAGGAGAGCUCCAGCAAGGCCACGAUCUCCAGCAGCACCACCUUGGAGGGCAAAGGGCAGCUAAAGUUCACCGCAGGCAGGUGGAGCCCACAUCACAACUGCACCCAGCUGGCCACAGCCAAUGACACGGCCAUUCGAGGAUGGGAUCUACGCAGCAUGAGUCAGAUCUACUGCAUUGAGAAUGCCCACGGGCAGCUGGUACGGGACCUGGACUUCAACCCAAACAAGCAGUACUACCUGGCCAGCUGUGGUGAUGACUGUAAAGUCAAGUUCUGGGAUGUGCGAAAUAUCAACGAGCCGGUCAAGUGCCUGGAGGAGCAUUCCCAUUGGGUGUGGAGUGUGAGAUAUAAUCACUCUCAUGACCAGCUAGUGCUCACGGGCAGCAGUGACAGCAGACUGAUCCUGUCCAACAUGGUGUCCAUCUCUUCUGAACCGUUCGGACACCUGGAGGAUGACGAUGACCUCAGCGACAGUCAGGAGACGCAACAGGAAGACAAGGGGAAAGAGCCUCUUCAGGACAGCAUUAUAGCCACAUAUGAAGAGCAUGAGGACAGUGUAUAUGCAGUGGAGUGGUCUGCAGCGGACCCCUGGCUGUUUGCUUCUCUCAGUUAUGACGGACGGCUCGUGAUCAACAGAGUCCCUCGAGCCCUCAAAUACCGCAUCUUACUGUAAAACAGAAUGAACACUCUUGUGUUUCUCAUCUGACCUGCAGAUGUGGAGAAGAGUGACGUCAUACAGGACUGACAUCUCUCUGCAGCGGCCGUAUCGAUACUCUUCAUAUGUUAUGAUUUACUUUAUGAUGUAUUGGACCUCACAGACAUCAGCAUUCGUUUAUUUCCAGCAGAGUCCUGCAUUCCUGUGUACAUUGUUUUUUUGUGUGUGUGUAUACGGUUUGGUUCUUUGGGAAAUCAGACCCUGAAGAUUAAUUAUGAUUAUGUGUCUUAUCAUACAUGCUCCAACAAAAGCAAUGCUCUGUGGAGCUGUCAAGAAGAGCCCAAUUACCCCUGUACUGUAUGUUUCCUCUAAAACAGCUUUAAUUAAAGAGCCAGACAUCUCCAGCUUCA